GUGGUGGCCAGAGGUGGCCAAAACGUUUUAUUUCUGUUGUCACACCUCUGUCCAUGAUGAUGAAGGUACUUCUCCUUCCUGAAUUUAACCCCCAAGGUGGAGCAGUUCUGGCGUUUCUACAGUCACAUGAUUCGACCAGGCGACCUAACGGGCCACAGUGACUUUCAUCUCUUCAAAGAAGGCAUCAAACCCAUGUGGGAGGACGACGCCAACAAAAUGGGCGGCAAGUGGAUCAUCCGUUUGCGGAAAGGCUUGGCGUCCCGCUGCUGGGAAAACCUCAUCCUGGCCAUGCUGGGCGAGCAAUUCAUGGUUGGCGAGGAGAUCUGCGGCGCCGUCGUGUCGGUCCGCUUUCAGGAGGACAUCAUCUCCAUUUGGAACAAAACAGCCAGCGACCAAGCCACCACGGCCCGCAUCAGAGAUACACUCCGGCGAGUCCUCAACCUGCCCCCCAACACCAUCAUGGAGUACAAGACACACACAGACAGCAUUAAAGCCUGGGAAGACUUCCAUGGUCUGGUGAAUGCUAGCGGCGGACGUUAGCCCUUCUGCCGCCACUGACCUCUGCAAGGUUGGAUAAUGUUUUGUUCCCCCCCCC